AUGGCUCAAGCAUGCAUUCAAAAUCAAGAGGAAUUUGAUGGUCUGACCAUUAUUCAUUCAUUCCCUUCUGAUCCAGAUACGACGUCCGAAUCCCGAAUCGUCACUAAAACAAUGGAUCCUACUUUUAAACUAUGGCCCGUCACAAACCCCACCACUAUCACCCCUCACAUUCCCUACCUCCCCAAUGAAAUCAUAAUGAUGAUACUAGAAUCCCUCAAAGAAGAUUCUGAAACAGGUAACAUCCUCGACGAACCCGCAGCUCAAGAGUUUAUCCUCUCUCUGCGAGAGGUCUCUAGUCUCUGGAACACACUUGUCCUUGACAUCUUCUUGCGUCACGUUCAUAUCACCACUGGUUUUUUCCCAGAAAACUUCAAUCCACUCUACCCCGUCACCGCCAUGAAAACCUUACUUUACGACUAUCAAGGGGAAGGUUAUUAUGAUGAUGACGAGUAUGACGAAUAUGACGAGUAUGAUGAGUAUGAUGAGUAUGAUGAGUAUGAUGAGUAUGAUGAGUAUGAUGAGUAUGAUGAGUAUGAAGACAAACCCGAAGAUAUAGCUUUCGAGCAUAUCGAAAAUGAACUCCAAAUCCUCCAUCUCUCAGACUACUUUCUCAAUCUCCAUUCGGAAUCCCUCUACGGAAUCCGAACUAUAACAAUCGACAUCUCCUGCACAACCGGUGACAUCGAUCCCGUCAAUGCAAUAACGCGGCACCGAGACUUUGCGCUGGCAAUGAUGAAUUGCAUAUCCCUCGAAAAGAUCACAAUCAGGGCUCAUGGAAUGAGUCGCCUGGAUAGCCCGGAUAACGGCCUUGACGCUUUGUUUGCAACUUGGAAUUGGGCUGCCACCGAAGAGCAAGGAGAAAAUGUUAGAGAGGGGGAUGAGAACGCCGAUGGUAAUACGGAUCAAGGGGUUCUAUAUGGGGAGAACGAUGGAUGUGCCGGUAGUGAGCUUACGAGGGAUAGAAUGGUUCAGCGUCCUCCUGGUGCUAUCUUCCAAAGGUUGAAGGGACUGAUCAUUGAGGGAUACACCGAUGCAACCGCCUUUUCUGAUAGCGGCCUUUCUGAUCUACUAUCUUUUAUUCUACGACAUCGUACAACGCUAAAAACGAUUAAGCUCGAAAAUAUCGGAGUAAAAGAUCACGCUAUCAGGGCCAACAGCUCUGUUGAUGCCGAAGUGGAUGGAGAUGCUAAAGAAGCAUUUAAGUUCUGGAAUAAAUUCAGAAAAACUGUUUUGAGAAAUUGCCCAAAGGUGGAGGCACUAGACCUCAAAAUGGUUUCGUACACGAUUAUGAGGGAAGGACCCUUAAAAUUCACAACAACCCACGCACAGAAUGUGCAGGUGCUCGAUCACUCUAUCAUCCACACGGAUGAUUGGCCAUACGAGGCCGAGGUGCGGAUGAGCUAUGUCCAAAGGUUUAACUCGCUGACAGGAUAUCAAGUACACCACGCAUGCGGCUGCAGGUGUCCCACCUUUGUUGACCCCAAAGACGGAGAAGGAAUCGAUCUGAUAGCUGACAGGCAUAGAUUCGCGCAUGUGGAGAUGGAUCUGAAAGACGAGUGA